AUGCCUUUUAUAAUUGGAGGGUUUGGAAACUUUCUAAUCCCAAUAAUACUAGGAUCUCCUGAUAUAGCUUCUCCCCGAAUAAACAAUAUUAGGUUUUGACUAUUACCUCCUUCACUUAUACUACUAAUAACAAAUAAUUUAUUUUUUCCCAAUUCAGGAACUGGAUGGACUGUGUAUCCUCCUCUUUCCCUUUACAUAUACCAUUCAUCUCCUUCUGUAGACUUUACUAUUUUUUCAAUUCAUAUGACAGGAAUUUCAUCAAUUCUUGGGUCACUUAACUUUAUUGUAACAAUUUUUAUAAUAAAGAAUUUUUCUUUAAAGUACGAUCAAAUUAAUCUUUUUUUCAUGAUCUAUCUCGAUUACUGUAAUUUUACUAAUUAUUUCUCUCCCAGUUCUAGCAGGAGCAAUUACUAUGCUGUUAUUUGAUCGAAAUUUUAAUACAUCAUUUUUUGAUCCGAUGGGAGGAGGAGAUCCGAUUCUUUAUCAACAUUUAUUUUGA